GACCUCUUUGUCCCAGAUACAGAAAUGAUCGGUUCGCCUCGUUCAGCCAGCCAGCCAGCAGUUAUGUGACCCGUCCCCUUUAAGAUGAUGUCAGAAAUAAUAAUUUAAUAUUGAAUUUCUUUGUUUCAUGUCGGCGGACAUAUACUUCGGUCGAGCAACAAUGUUAGAAAUCAGGGACGGUAGAAGUCGAGCAUCAACCUGUCUGCCAAUACAGCAAAACGGAUUGCUUCCUAAACUAGGUUUCAGUGGGUGUCAAUGUUGAAGCCCUGCGUUAUCAUCUCUGGCAGGACUUUAGUUUCCAGUGCUUCAUAUAACACCACCCCGGGACAGAAGCCUAUAUAUCACAGGAUGGAAUAAUAGCCCAAGCCGACAGAGAGAAGACGCAUAGGAAGAGUUGAGAUAAUGCGGUGAAAUUUCAACUCAAUUCGGAACUGUUCCCUUUAUCCCCUUCAGUGUUUUGGAUUUACCAAAACGGUCGUUCGGAAGUGACAAUGGGCAAUCGUUAACCCAGUGGAUUUAUUAUAAUAUCCGACGACUAUAAUAAUACUGGAAAGGGAUAUUCCCCAUAUUUCCCAGUCCAUCUAAGAAGUGACCACAGCCUCUCUGGUCCUCAGUCAUGACAUCACCUGAGUCCCCCCUCCCCUCCCCUUCCCCCUGUCCACCUCCCCCUUCCUCCCUCCCCUCCUCUCCCACUCCCUCAUCUCCCACUCCCUCCUCCUCCCUCCCACAUCCCCCCUCCCUGCCUCCCACAGGGGAGGUGAUGGUCCUGGCCCUGGGGAGGAAGAAGCAGAGGAUGCUCAUCGGUCUCUCCAUCCUGCCCAAUCUCUUCCUGGCCUUCCUUCUCUCCUCGGACGCCCUGCUUACCCUCACCUCACCCCACCACUGUCGCCUCCCGGGACCCUUGCCUGCCGCCCAGAUCCUUAACGCGUCCCUGCCCUGGGAGAAGGGGGACAGAGUGGGGGACAGCGGGGGGCUGUCUCAGUGCAAGCAGUAUAUCAACGGUAGCCAGUCCGGGGUGGAAAACUGUGAAGCUGGCUGGGACUACAAUGUCACAGAAGGAUUGAGGAUUAACAUUGUUACUGAGUGGGAUUUGGUGUGUGGUCAGUACUGGCUGGUCCCAGUCGAAGAGGUGUCCUUCAUCCUGGGCGUUCUGACAGGAUGCCUGGGAAUGGGCUUUGCAGCUGACAGACUGGGCAGGUUGAAGACACUACUCACCUCUCUGACCCUCUCAGUGGUAUUUGGCGUGCUUGUGUGCGUCUCUACCGCUCCCCCAUUCUUUAUUGCCAUGCGUUUUUGCCUGGCUGCUGCUAGCGCCGGUGUCUACCUCACGCUUUACAUCACACGUCUUGAACUCUGUGACCCCUCACUACGUCUGUUAGUCACCAUGGUGGCAGGACUAACUACAGUUGCUGGGGAGCUGCUGUUGCUGGGUUUUGCUCUGGGUUACCAGUCCUGGAGAGGCUUACUUGGAACUGGGGCUGCACCACUCUCUCUGUUCCUCACCUAUGGUAUUCCAGGAGUAUUUCCUGAGUCUCCUCGCUGGCUCCUCCUCUCCGAGAGAUCUGCUGAUCUGAAUUCCUUCAGUGAAAGAAGAGAUAGAGGGAGGGAUGACGAGAGCUUCACAGAGCUGGACUCCGAGCUAUCUCCCUCUACUCGCCCACAUCUGUCCUUCCCAGAGCUCGUACACAGCAGGAACAUCUGGAAAAACAUAUGUGUGCUCGGCUUCACCUCGUUCAUUUCCCAUGGCAUUAGUCACUGUUACAGCUCGUUCCGCGGUGAUGUCAGAGGCACUGCCCCCAGCUUCUAUUGGACCUAUCUACUCUCUGUCUGUGCGGGAGGAGGGGCCUGGCUGUUGUUAUGGGCAACCGUGAACAGGUGUGGUCGACGUGGUAUCCUGCUCCUCGCCAUGACGAUGACAGGGCUGGCAUCUCUGAUUCUCCUCGGACUGAUGGAGUAUCUAAGUGAGGCGGCCAUCACUGUGUUUUCAGUGAUGGGUCUCUUCUCCUCCCAGGCGGCUGCCUCUCUCUGUGUCCUCUUCACAGCAGAGAUCAUGCCCACCAUCAUCAGGGGCAUUGGCGUGGGCACGGUGUUGGCCCUGGGCUGUGUGGGUCGGCUCACCUCGCCGCUCAUGGACCUGCGCAACCACUACGGCUACUUCCUUCACCACGUGGUGUACUCCUCCCUGGCCCUGCUGGCCGUGCUCUCCAUCCUGCUGCUGCCCGAGAGCAAGAGGAAACCACUGCCCCAGACGCUGGCCGACGGGGAGCAGUACCGACGCCCCCCGCUGGGCCGGAGGAGGAGGGACAACGUGCCCCUGCUGGCCACCCCCAACCCAGAGACCUAGCAUGUCAUAACACCAGCCCAGAGUGUCAGCAGGUCGCGGAGAGGAAGAUGGCAAGGGAGAAGAGGGUCAGCUGUCUGCUGAAGAAGUUGUGCUGAGCCAAUGAAGGAGGGUGGUUGAAGGGACCCACACCUCCCCUCACCUUUCCCAUAAGGCCUGUGUGUCAGGAAAGGGAGCAGAUGCGUUCUGCCCAUGCUCCCGUCUGCCACCAUCAGAGAGGCCCGUUUGAUAGGUGUAUUAUCUGGCAGAGUAUGGCAUCACACACAGCUCACGGAGGUAGAGGCAGGUAUGUUAUGGAAACGGUCCUGUAAAUACCUACAACGUAGUUUCUUUAACUUUAUGAAUGCUAGGUUAUCUAUUUAUAAAAAAAAGUUUUGUUUCUGGAAGUUUUUGGAAGGGUACUUUGUAUUAUCGAAAAGCAUCGUACUAAGACAAGAUGAGGGCAAUUUUGUCUACUGCUCUUAAAGACAUUGGGGGAAAUUAUAUUGAUUGAAGAUUCAUUAUGAGUAACGUUAUACUUGAGGGUAGUUUGGUGAAACUUUGAACUUGCAUUAAAUAAAUACUAAUAGGCUCCUUCCUUAAACCCAAGAGUCCUUACAAUCCGUUGAAUAACAAAAGAUGGAGAAAGUGACAUUUAAAUGUACUGUAGUUCCUCAGACUUGGUUGGAUGUGAUAAAACGAUAUGAAUUCAAUUUCCAGAUGUGACUUGGAGCCAGUACUGUUUAUGGGUCAUUGAUCUUGAUCGUCUAGGCUGUCAAACCUGUCUUACUCGGCUUCCCUGAAGACAUAGGGAGCGUGCCUGUGCAUUCAGAGCUGAAAACCUUUUGAUAGAUAGAAAUGUAUGGUAGAAAAUGGACACACAUUUCUAUAUUGUAUCAGUUCUACGCUAAAUAUUAUUGUGGGGAAAUGCCGCAAACAGUUUGCAGCAUUGAAUUAUAGCCGCGUCCAGAAACCAGGCCAAGCCCCCACCCCUUAGGCCCUGAUCUGAAAGGAUAGGCUAGGUACAACAACCCAUCCAGCUUAUCAUGCGGCAUGGUGAAGCUAUUAGGAUAUUGCUUAUACCUUUCUGAUCCUUUCAGAUCUCCACAAGCAUCUUGGCCCUAGGCUAGGGGGUAAGGUCUAAGGGCUGUUUCCAGACCUGGGCUAUGUAUUUCUCCGUUUAGAAUACAGGAACUCACUAUAAUAGAGUGAUGGUGAUGUGCAUAACAGGCACCUUGUUGCAAGGAUUUGGUCCUGUAUGUCUUAUUUGAAACAUUCAGGACCUAGCUGUUUGAUGUUUUCUUUGACUGGAUCUACUCCAGAACCUUCUCUGGGCAGAGGUGUGUGUGUGGGGGGGGACACCUCCCACUGCAGGUCUUUGGUAGUUUCUUUAAAAUGCACUAAACAAAUCUGAUAAUAAUAUGGAUAUUAUUGAUGAUGAUAAUAACUAUGAGUAACUUGACGACAGUAAUAUGUUGUUAGACAUUGCUGGCUCCUUAAGAUGAUCUAUUAAGCAAUAACAGCAAUGUAAUUAUGUUAAUAACUUUAAUAACCUGAUUGAAUCAAAAAAUAAAAUGUUAAGUAAACAAUG